AUGUCCUUCACAUCCUUGACGUUACGAAUACACCCACUGACUACCACAAAUCCGCUUUUCAAGUUCCUUACAAAAUCCAUUCACCCGACACCAACCACAGCUCUCCUCGCAUCAUUUGUCAAGCCCCAUAUCAUCGAUAUCAUCAUUAUGCGCUUCCCUCUUCCUGGCGCAGGCCUGAACAUCAAAGCAUGCCUCGUUUUCAUCCUCGGGAUUGUGUCCAUUGCAUAUGUUACUGCACGACCAAUCACUGGUUCGGAACUCGACUUGCAGUCCCGCUCUGGGCUGAUCAGUAGAACGACUUGGACAGCUGCAAUCACCUUUCCAUACACUAAAAAACUCCUACCUCCUGAUCUCACGUCACAUCUCGAGGAGGACAUUAAACGUGCGAUAGAAAUGAAUACCCAAGGACAUACAGUCACGGUCACCUUUCCUCACUUUGUUGCAUUUCCACAAUUUGAUGAAAGCAACAAGAUUCAUUUCACAAUCACGUGGAAUGAUGGAGCUCACAACACCCACGAGCAGCCGAUCCCAUAA